UUCGAGAUUCAUUUGUCGACAGUCGAAUUGACGUGUACUAGUAUCGAGAAUUCAAGACUGUGAUUUCUAAAAUCGCUAAAACUCAAUAAAAUUCAUAGAUCUCAUUAUAUAAAGUGAUAGAUUAUAGGCUAGCGUAACAAAAAUGUUACGAUCGCUUUUAAUAGGUGUUAUUUUAUGUUUCACGGGCUCGUACGCUCUAUACGACUCGUCUUCAGAUGUCGUAGAAUUGACUCCUAGUAAUUUUGAGAGGCUAGUCACAAAUUCAGAUGAAGUUUGGAUCGUCGAGUUCUUCGCACCUUGGUGUGGACAUUGCAAAAACUUAGUUCCUGAGUAUAAAAAGGCCGCCAGAGCACUUAAGGGCUUAGUCAAAGUAGGAGCAGUAGAUGCUGACCAGCACAAAGAUCUUGGACAAAAGUAUGGAGUAUCAGGAUUCCCAACCAUCAAAAUCUUCACAGGCAGCAAGCACACACCAUACCAAGGACAAAGGACGGCAGAGGCAUUUGUAGAUGCUGCAAUCAAAGCUGCCAAGGAGAAGGCGUAUGAUAAUCUUGGAAAGAAGGCUAGCUCUUCAUCUGAUAAGUCGGACGUGAUUGAACUGACGGAGAGCAACUUCAAGGAGAAGGUUCUGGACAGCGAUGACCUGUGGCUGGUGGAGUUCUUCGCCCCGUGGUGCGGACACUGCAAGAACUUGGAGCCCCACUGGGCUAAGGCGGCCACCGAACUGAAGGGCAAGGUUAAAGUGGGAGCAGUCGAUGCCACAGUGCACCAGGCCCUGGCCUCCCGCUUCCAAGUCCAAGGCUACCCUACUAUCAAGAUGUUCCCAUCUGGCAAGAAGACCAGCGACUCCGCUGAGGACUACAAUGGAGGCAGGACGUCCAGCGACAUCGUGGCCUGGGCACUCGAGAAGUUGGCCGACAGUCUGCCACCACCGGAGAUUGUUCAGGUGGUUGACGAGUCAACAAUGAAGGCGUGCAGUGAGAAGCCACUAUGUGUGGUGUCCAUCUUACCCCAUAUCCUGGACUGCAACGCUGCCUGCCGCAACCAGUACAUCAGCAUCCUCACAAGACUCGGUGACAAAUACAAGAAUAAGAUGUGGGGAUGGGUAUGGGCGGAGGCCGGCUCUCAGUUGGCACUAGAAGAGGCUUUAGAGCUUGGCGGCUUCGGUUACCCAGCCAUGGCUGUGGUCAACGCCAAGAAACUUAAAUUCUCAACACUGAGGGGAUCAUUCUCGGAGACUGGCAUCAAUGAGUUCUUGAGGGAUCUAUCCUUCGGUCGCGGGCAAACGGCCCCAGUUAGAGGCGCUGAAAUGCCCAAAAUCUCCACAACCGACCCCUGGGACGGCAAAGAUGGAGAAUUGCCACCAGAAGAGGACAUUGACCUCUCAGACGUAGAUCUAGAGAAGGAUGAACUUUAAAUUAGUCAUAGUUUUGUACUGAGGUUUUAUAGUGUAAGUUGAAUUGUGGCUGAAUGUAAUUUUUUGGAAGUCUGAAUAAUUUUUCUCUAUUUUUAAUAAGUUAUGCGCAUGGAAUGAGACUCAGUCUUAAAAAAUCACAAUUUGAAUUAAAG